AGGACGGUGGUGCACUUUACGGCGGCAGCGUAAUUGCGUGAUGCUCGCCGGAGGCGCGAGGUCGCACGUGGCGCCCGCGGAGACAACCUUGUUGCUACUGCUUCUCCUGCCACUGUCAUUUUCUCAGCCAGCAUGAAGCGGCCGAAGUUGAAAAAAGCAAGUAAACGCAUGACCUGCCACAAGCGGUAUAAAAUCCAAAAAAAGGUCCGAGAGCACCAUCGAAAAUUGAGGAAAGAGGCUAAAAAACGGGGUCACAAGAAGCCUAGGAAAGAUCCAGGAGUUCCAAAUAGCGCUCCCUUUAAGGAGGCUCUUCUUCGUGAAGCUGAGCUAAGGAAACAGCGGCUUGAAGAACUAAAACAGCAGCAGAAACUUGACAGGCAGAAGGAACAAGAAAAGAAAAGAAAACUUGAAACUAAUCCUGUUGUUAAGCUAUCUAAUGUGGAACCCGUGGAAGAGGAAUUUGGGCAUUGCAAAACUAAGAACAAAGCCAUUUCGGGUAAACAGAGUUCAAAGAAGUUGUAUUGUCAAGAACUUAAAAAGGUGAUUGAAGCCUCAGAUGUUGUGCUAGAGGUGUUGGAUGCCAGAGAUCCUCUUGGUUGCAGGUGUCCUCAGAUAGAAGAGGCCAUUGUUCAGCAUGGACCAAAAAAGCUGGUACUUGUAUUAAAUAAAUCAGAUCUGGUACCAAAGGAGAAUUUGGAGAGCUGGCUAAAUUAUUUGAAGAAAGAACUGCCAACAGUGGUGUUCAAGGCCUCAACAAAUCCGAGGGACAAAGGGAGGAUAACCAAGGUAAAGAAGAAAGCUGCUCCAUUCAAAAGUAAAGUCUGCUUUGGGAAAGAGGCCCUUUGGAAACUUCUUGGAGGUUUUCAGGAGACUUAUGGCAAAGCCAUUCAGGUUGGAGUAAUUGGCUUCCCAAACGUGGGGAAAAGCAGCAUCAUCAAUAGCUUAAAACAAGAACGGAUAUGUAAUGUUGGUGUUUCCAUGGGGCUUACAAGGAGCAUGCAGGUUGUCCCCUUGGACAAGCAUAUCACAAUCAUAGAUAGUCCAUGCGUCAUUGUAUCUCCACUUAACUCCUCCACUGCACUUGCUCUGCGAAGUCCAGCAAGUAUUGAAGUGAUAAAACCAAUGGAGGCUGCCAGUGCCAUCCUCUCCCAGGCUGACACUCGACAGGUAGUACUGAAAUAUACUGUCCCAGACUUUAAGAAUUCUCUGGAAUUUUUUACUAUGCUUGCUCAGAGAAGAGGUCUGCACCAAAAAGGUGGAACCCCAAACGUUGAAGGUGCUGCCAAACUGCUGUGGUCUGAGUGGACUGGUGCCUCAUUAGGUUACUAUUGCCAUCCUCCUACAUUCUGGACUCCUCCUCCACAUUUUAAUGAGACUAUUAUGGCAGACAUGAAAUGUGGUUUUAAUCUGGAAGAACUGGAAAAGAACAAUGCACACAGCAUAAAAGCCAUCAGGGGCCCUCUUUUGGCCAAUAGUAUCCUUUUCCGCUCUUCAAGUCUGACAAGUGGAAUAAUGGAGGAAAAGGACAUACAUGAUGUAGUGCCAAAACAGAAGGAGGAGGAGGAGAAUGAAGACAUGGAGAGUGACCAGGAAAUUGUUGAUAAUGAAACUGAUGAAAAGAGCUCAGACAUGUCCCCUGCAGAAGAGACACAGGAGGUACUACCUGAGGAGUCUACAGCAGGUGAACAGUCUGCAAGAUCUUUUAUCUUGGAUAAAGUGAUUCCAGAGGAUGAUGCUUAUGAUUUCAGUACAGAUUAUGUGUAACAACAAUGUCCUUUUAUAAAACUGCCAAACUGUUAUGUGUAUAAUGUGCAUUUGUUAUGGUAUGUGACAUAAGCUGUAAAUUUUGUGAAUGUUAUAUUCAUUAAAACAAUCAGGCAAUUA